GCGAGCCCCGGGCCCGGCGGGCAGCCGUGAGCUCGCCUGCCGCCGCCGGGUGCCCGGAGGAUGCAGUGAUUCAGGAAUUAGGCUCUCCCCGCGGGAGGGGCUCGGGGCGCCGAGGGAAACCACCACCACCACAACCCCCCCAAAGACCCAGAAUGAUGCUGUCCGAGCAAGCCCAAAAGUGGUUUCCUACCCACGUGCAGGUCACAGUGCUCCAAGCCAAAGAUCUUAAGCCAAAAGGCAAAAGUGGCACCAAUGACACAUACACCAUAAUUCAGCUGGGCAAGGAAAAGUACUCCACCUCUGUAGCUGAGAAAACCCUUGAGCCUGUCUGGAAGGAGGAGGCCUCCUUUGAGCUCCCUGGAUUGCUAAUGCAGGGGAAUCCCGAGAAAUACAUCCUUUUCCUCAUAGUUAUGCACAGGUCCCUGGUGGGUCUGGAUAAGUUUUUAGGGCAGGUGGCAAUCAACCUCAAUGACAUCUUUGAGGACAAACAAAGAAGGAAAACAGAGUGGUUUAGAUUAGAAUCCAAACAAGGAAAAAGAGCCAAAAACAGGGGUGAGAUAAAGGUCAAUAUUCAAUUCAUGCGGAACAAUAUGACAGCAAGUAUGUUUGACUUAUCAAUGAAAGACAAAACAAGAUCUCCUUUUGCAAAAUUAAAAGAUAAGAUGAAAGGUAGAAAAAAUGAUGGGACAUUUUCUGAUACGUCUUCUGCAAUCAUUCCAAGUUCUCACAUACCCGAUGCCAAUACUGACUUUUCAAGUGGUGAAAUACAGAUGAAAUCCAAACCAAAAAAGCCUUUCCUUCUGGGUCCUCAGCGACUCUCUUCAGCACAUUCAAUGUCUGACUUAACUGGGACCCACAUAUCUUCUGAGAAACUGAAGUCUGCUGGCACCAUUGGUCAAACACAUCUUCUUGGUCGGCAUGUAGAUUCCUUUGGAGUGGUUCCGGAAAGUGGAAGUCUCAAAUCUCCACACAGAAGAACAUUAAGCUUUGAUACUUCUAAAAUGAACCAACCUGACAGCAGUGUGGAUGAAGGUGAAUCGUCUUUCGGAAGACAAAAUGACCCAUUUACAAAUGUGACUGCUUCAUUACCCCAAAAAUUUGCAACACUGCCAAGGAAGAAAAAUCCAUUUGAAGAAAGCAGUGAAUCAUGGGACAGCAGCAUGAAUUUAUUUUCAAAAUCAGUUGAAGUAAGAAAAGAAAAUAAAAGAGAGAAAAGAGAGAAAGUUAGCUUGUUUGAAAGAGUGACUGGAAAAAAAGAUAGCCGAAGAUCUGAUAAACUUAACAAUGGGGGAUCUGAUAGCCCUUGUGACUUGAAAUCACCUAACGCAUUUAGUGAAAAUCGGCAGGACUAUUUUGAUUAUGAGUCAACUAAUCCGUUUACAACAAAAUUCAGGGCUUCAAAUAUAAUGCCAUCUUCAAGUUUUCAUAUGAAUCCAACAAGCAAUGAGGACCUCAGGAAAAUCCCGAACUUCACCCCAGUCCCAUCCUGCCCCUGUUUAGAAACCAUCAGUGGCUUCCUAUUUCCUGUUGCAGACAGCAACCCUUUUGAUGCCACUGCAGGGUACCGUGGUCUGACCUAUGAGGAGGUCCUACAGGAGCUCGUGAAGCACAAGGAGCUCCUCAGGAGGAAAGACACGCACAUCCGGGAACUCGAGGACUACAUCGACAAUCUCCUCGUCAGGGUCAUGGAGGAAACACCCAGUAUCCUCAGAGUGCCAUACGAACCAUCCAGGAAGGCUGGCAAGUUCGCCAACAGUUAAUAAGCCAGUUGUACGACAUGUGUGAUGAGGGGCAAAAAGGAAAGAAGAAAGAGCAAAAGAAAGCAGAAAAUCUUGGCACUGCAAGAAACUACAUUAUCAGGCUUCAUUACAUACUCCACUCCAUUGCAAAAAGUUAUUUUACCUGUAAAUAUUAGCAGGGACCAUCAAGAGUGACCUCUGAAGUGAGCUAAACAAUUUAAACAUUUAAAGUGAAAACAGGCAAGAUUCCCAAUGAAUAAGCAGUUCUUUAGGAUUCACUUAGGUGCUGGCACUGGGCUACUAACCUGCCAUAGGCCUAGGGACAGCUUCAGAAGGAUGUGACUUAUUAUUCCUCAGGAAUAGAGCUCAUAAAGCAGAAUUGAUGCUGUAGCUGGUUUCUCAGAAGUCCGUUUGUAGACAUAAUUAGCUGCAGGAAUACCGUUCAGUAUAACACUAAAAAAAAAAAAAGUUCAUAUUUUAUAUGCAUAUAUAUGUACAUGAAUGUAUGUUCAUGUAUCUUUGUAUAUAAAAUACAUGCAUAUACCUCAUAGAUACAUGUGUUUUUAGAACAUUUAAAAACAACUGAUUGCCUCUAAAAUUAGGAUACCAGUUUCUUAAUUUGAAAAUCUAUGUGUGCUCUAUCGAUGCAGAACAAAUCAUCAUUGCUACUAGCACAGUUUGUUAUAGGGAAGCUGCUUCAGAUCACUCUUGACUUGGCAAAUCUUCGUUUCAAAAUGAGCUGCUCCUAUAUAUUAUUCCAGCAUCAGAUGUUUGCUCUUUUUCUCAAAGGAAUGAUCCAAAGGGUUUUGGGUUUUUUUGUUUUUUUUUUUUUUCAAAGCAUGACAUGUUAUAGGAAACUUGACUAGUGUCACAAGAGUACGAAUUUCUUGAGUGAAUUUUUUAUCUUAACACUUGAAUUCUGUGUAAGUAGAAGAGAAGCUAAUAUAGUCUGUUUUGUUGAGAUUCUGAAUGCCCUUAAAUCCCUAGCAAAGAAAAUAUUAGGAAGUUAGAUCUGAAAGUAAUUCUAAGGGAAAAAAAGUAGGUGAUCGUCUGAUGCCUGAUAACCCAAAGCAAUGGGCAAAUUUUAGGAAUGAAGAAUUCGGCUUGGUUUCAAGUUACAUAAAUAAUAGAACAGAUGGUUGCAUUUGGGUCUUGAACCAAAAUAAGAGCCAUUGAAGGAGGAGUGAAUUCUUGGAACAGAACUUCACUCGCAUGGCACUAUCUACUAUUCUUCGGCCACCCUUAAGAAUUGGUUAAUUACAAAAUUAUAUGUACACUCUUUUUAUAAAAUCCACACCCCCAAAAUAUCAGGCACUUGCGUGAAUUAUCUUGAUAUAUUUGUACUGAAUUAGCCUGGAAUGUAAAGUGAAAACAAUGGUACGAAAAUAUUACUAAUCAUCUAUUUUUUCCCUUAAAAAUCUAAAAUACUUACUAUGAAACACUGAAUCCGUGUCUCUGGUUUUAAAUGGAAAAAUUCACCUGUAUAUGGAGACAUGUAUUCUCCAGGCUUUUAAUGAACUGCAUUUUUGUCUAAUAUUUUUCUCCACAGACUUUAUUGAAAAUUCAGUACAAAGCAGAAUAGUUUUGCUCAUUUUAAUAUUUUGAAUCAGAUAAUACUUGGCCAAGUGUAUAUUCAUGAGCUAAAAUUGCUCGUUUGUAUUUUCUGAGUUUCUUUAGUUUUCCUAUGAGAGCAUACAUUUUGAAAUUCUGAGAACUUUUCCUAAAUACAAAAAAUUGAAUAAUUUUUUUAAAUGAAGUGGAGAAGGAAAAACAUCUUUUACCAACUUUUUUUUUCCAUUUAUAAAUUUCUGUAGUAAACCUCAAAAUCUGGUUUAGAAUGCUAUUUUCUCAUUUGAGGUCUUAGUAAUUAUUAUUUUCUAACAGGGUGCCAUUUUUAGUUAAUAUGUUAUUAAAUAUUACAAAAUUCUUAGCACUUUUUUUCUGUUGGUAUAACUGAAACUCUUCUUAUACUUUUUAAAAUACUAAUAUCCAUGCGUUUUCAGUAUUAUGACAGAUUAUCUGGAGAUAUUUUAAUAUGCUUCGGCCAAAUUUGUUCUUUAUAAAAUGAACCAAGAUGUCAGUUUUAUAUUGGGGAUAUGUUUUAUGUAAAUAGAAUUCGUUAUAAAGUAUUGUUCAAAUACUACUAUUCUUUUUAUGAGGAAAUUCAUUUCUAAGGAGAGGCUCCACACCAGGAUGAGACUGUUAAGGAUUAGAUUUAUCAGACGUGAAUGAUUUGGUUAUAACUGAAUCAAUAUUUUUAUCUUUCAAUCUGAGACAAGAAUUGUACUGAAAUCUGAAUCUGCACUUGUCACUGCCUGAAAAUGUUCUGCAACGUUUAUGAACUUCCGCUCAUGACCUAGAGUCAAACGUAUUACAUGUUUUCAUAAUUGGUCCACAUAAAACACUCAAACCAAAAAGUAAAAAUGAAUUCUCAAGUACACAUGUCUGUGUUUCCUGUAUUUGGACAGAAGUGCAAACAGAGUAAUUUUAGUUUCUUGCAUUAUAGGGGGAAAAAAGCCAAAAAAAUCACCUUCAGUUAAUUUCUCCAAAAUGUAACUUUCAGAUAUUCUAAUGGCAUAUUUUGUUAGUAGUUUAGAAAUAGAAAUAAAAGACAUGCACUCAUUAAAUAAUGCACACAGCACAGUAGACUUAAAACAUUUUGCUUUUAGGCUUAAAACAAUGCAUGCUGAAGAAUAUUCCCAUUGUAAGAGAAUUUUUUUAAAUCGCAGAAUCAAUAUUUAUCCUGAACCUAUCUUAAGCUAACCUAUCUCUGUUACUGAUUAAAGUAUUUCUGCUAUUAUUUUCAAAACAGUAUUGUUUUACAACCAUUUCCCCUUCCAGUUCUAAAAUUUGGCUUUGAGAGUAUUGAAUAUACUGUCCUACCACUUAGGCUUCGAGUUUCAUUUACCAAAUACCAGGGUUAUAUCUUAGAAUUGUAUAUAAAGUGACUUGUCACCCAUUCAUGAAAAAUGUUUGAGUAUUGCUUUUUGCUGCUAUAUUGUGCAUUGAACCUAGUUUUGCCAUCCUCCCAUGAAUGUAGUAUUAUCCUUAGAUUAGGCAUAACUACAUCUAUUGCUUUUGGCAGUAAAUGAAGAUUUUGUUGUAAUUUUCCAGCUGUGAAAAUGUUGCCUUGUAUUUAAAAGGAUUUCAUGAAUGGAAACCUAAGUAAAACUCAGCUCAUUAGUGACAGACUUGCUUUCCUCACAUCCUCCCUUCACCUACUCCUCCACCCUCACAACCCCUCCACCACCACCUACCACCCCCACAAGGGUGCUUAUUCUUGAGCAAAGAGAAUCUUAAAAACAAAAACAAAAACAAAAAACCUGCUGUCUUUAAUGUAUCUAGUAAUUGUUACACUAGAGCUUUUAUUUUCCUCUGUAGCCUUUUAGGAGAAGCAAACUACUUUGGAUUUGUAAUUCAAGCAGAAACUUUUUGAUGUCCAUGUACUCAUACGUCUUAUAGAUAUGGUAGGUGUUGUGUGUGCGCGCGCGCGUGCGUGCGUGUAUGUAUGUGUGUGUGUGUAAGUGAAGUAUAAAGCAUGCUCAUUCACUCGAUCCUUUUGAAGUAAGAGGUAAAGGACCACAGUGCCGCUGGUUCAUGGAGAUGUAAGGGUCUGUCAGCACACAUCGAAAGCCCCCGUUUUCACAGAUUUAUAACUUUAAUAAUCCAGAUGCAAUCAUUGGAAGUAUUUAAUAUGCAAUAGGUAGCACCUUAACUAAUUAAUCUGCAUAUGAAGGGUUUUCUGAUGUAUUUAAUAAGAAGUGUAGAAGCUUUCAAGCAUUAAACUAGAGUUGACAUUUUAUUUCAUUUAUUUUCUGUGUCGAAAAUUUCCACUCUUAAAAUGGAAUGGAAGUCUGUAAAAAAUGAUACAUUGGACCUAUUAAUCUUUGAAGCUUCCAGGUGGUUUGUAUUUUGAGGUACAAAAAAAAAAUGCUGCAGAUCUAGAAGUGUAUAUAUAUUUAGCAGGUACUUGAAAGAUAAUAAGCAUUAUUUAUAACUGAAGAGUAUUACAUCCUAUUAAGUAAAAUGCUCUGGUAACUUGUAUACAUUCUUGCAGGUACGAACCCAAAAGUCUGUAAGCAUUGCAUAAUGUGACGGUUGUAUAAUUUAUGUAAUCUGAUGCAUGAAUCAGAAUUUUUAUAUAAUAUAUAACUAUCAAUUUAUUAUAGUUGAUUAAAGUGUUUAAUCUUAA